AUGAUCUUUGAAGAUGAUCUCAUACAUCCCAGCCCAAUCUGCUGCAUAAACUUUGAGCAGGCUCGCCAACACCUUAUUUUCCCAUAUAACACAAUCUGCAAGUGCCUUCUGAGCCAGGAAAACAUCACCCUUGGCUCUUAUGAGAUCAAGCACAAUGUUUGCUUUAGAGCCAUUGCAUAUAAGCUGUACAAUGACUUGGCAACCUGGUGCUCUGAUCUGAAGAAAAUUGCCAUCUCUAUCACACCUUUGGCAUAUGCUCUUUCCCCGCCAGCUGACAUUCUGGUCCAAGAGUGUGCAGCUUGGGUUGAAGCUGCCACUGCAGAAUUACUGGACAGUGGUAGAUUCCUGCACUGUGGACUAGACAAAUUGGGGAAACCAGGAAUUUUGCACACCCUGCACUUCUUGAGGGUAUCGCGACCAGCCAUUUUCCAGAAGGAGGUGCCAUUAAAAUGCUUAGCUCUUGUUUGCACAGCAUUUCAUUGUGUCUUCCAGGGCCUCAAGAAAGAUGGUAAUGGCAAAUGUUAUUCAAAGUUCACUUCCAAGGAGUAUGAGUCCAUUUUCCAUUCAAUGCUCAGGCUACUCAAUGAUGUCAUGAAAGACCCAUAUCACAGUCCAAAGCUGGUGCAGCAGCUUCAUGAAUGGGCCAAGGUUGGAUGGGUAGAGGCAACCAAACCUGAUGGCAUUGACACGUCGAAACAUCACCACCCACGUGUCCAGCCUGAUUGA